AUCACCCUCGAGUUCCCUCCCAAGAAGCAGUCGCCCGACGCGUCCAAGAUGAUCUUCGGCGUGGCCACGACGCUCGACCGCAUGCCCGAGAACCUGCGCAACUUCCAGCACUGGGCGGCGCGCACCAGUGCCCGCCUCGUCGUCGUACACGAGCCGCGCAAUGAGACGCUGCGGCCGGGCGAGCCCUCCGCCGAGGAGAUGGAGCAGCUAUUCAAGGGCGCGGGGAUCGAGCGCAUUACGCUGGUGGAGAGAGACCAGGGCUGGGGCGAGCGCUUUGUGUCACUGCUGGGCGUGCUGCACGACCGCAUGGAGCCCCAGGUGGAGUGGGCUGUGCUGAUGGAUGACGACACCUUCUUCCUCGACCUGGACGCCGUGCAGGCCAUGCUAGCAAAGUACAACCCAUCCCAGCUGUGGUACGUGGGUGCGCUGAGCGACAACAAGUGGAACAUCAACAAUGGCGGGCUCUACGCUGUUGGCGGCGCUGGCAUCUUCAUCUCGCGCCCCCUGCUGGAGACGAUGCGGCCGUUUGCAGACGGAUGCUUCCCCGAGGAGGGCACGAUGGCUGGUGGGGACACGCUUGUGGGCCAAUGCAUUCACCGGCACACCACGACCAAGCUGACCCUCGAGCACGGACUGUACCAGCUGGACCUGCACGGCGACGUGACGGGGUUCUAUGAGGCGCCGAGGCCCCAACCGCUGAGCGUGCACCACUGGAAGAGCUGGCACCACCACGACAUCCCCGCCGUCGCGACGGUCGCCAGGGUUUGCGGCCGGCCCUGCGUGCUGCAGAACUUCCGCUUCCAGGACGGCUGGCAGAUGAGCAACGGGUUCAGCAUCGUCAAGUACGGCUACGGCGACGCGGAGCUGGCGGUGCAGCACCCGCAGGCGAUGGAACAUACUUGGAAGCACACCGAGUGGGAAAUCGAGGACAGCUGGGAUUACAGCUUCGCGCCGCUCAAGGAAAGGGACGAGGGCAAGGUACAAUUCCUGAUGGAGAAAAGCGUCGUCGAGCUGGAUGGUAGCGUCACUUUGUACUAUGUCAGGAGAAAGAACGGCAUUGGGAACGGGUUGAUUCGGAUGAUCUGGCGCUGA